AUGUGGAAAGGCGAUCUGAAUUCGGAGGAGCUGUCUCACGCGAUCUCAGCAUGUCCAAGUGAUGACGUCAGGUUAUACACAGGACAUGACGACAUCACUCCCUUACCCUCCACCGUCUGUCUGAUAAGUGAGCCGGGGUCAUUGACAACAUCGAAUGCUGCGUUGUACGCAUCGACUACCAUCGACCAUGACGACAUCCCAAUAGAUUCCUAUGCUAAAUCGCCACCUUCGAGUGGAUCACCCGAUCCAUUGGCAACAUUACACAGCACGCCAUCAUUGGAGGGUUCUUCAAUCAUGUUAACGGACGAUAGUGAUGCAGAUUUCUCACCUAGUGAAUUCGUUGGUAACGAUGACUGA